CGCGAUCAUAAGAGAUCAACAUGUUUAGCAGAUACCUCAUGCUUACAAUAACAUCAGGUAUCAGCAGUAAUGCUAGUUUUCACGGACUCGUCAAACAGAUGUAUGAAGCAAAAUGGUGUCCUUGAGAUUGCUAUUGAGCACCGCUGUGUUAUUCGCCGUUAAAGUGGUCAGCAGUGAUUUUGACUGCGCAACAUUCUCUGCCUCUGACAAUAUACCGUUUGAUUUAGUGGCGCCAGUACUUUAUAAGGUCGACUUUAUUAUAACAAAUAACUCAGUAAUUCUUGGCCACUCUAACAUCCUCCUCGAAGUUCAUCGCACAGUUAGACGCAUCAGUUUACAUGUUAACGAAUUGAAUAUAAUUAAUAAGUCGAUAAUGUUUAUCAGGACAAAUAUGAUGACCAAAAAGCGAAACAUAGGAUACGUACCUCAUCGGAUUGGUUAUUGUCCCAUAUCGCAAAUUUUGGAGUUGAAUUUUAAAGAUGAUAUAUAUCCGGGAAUGUAUAAUUUAAGCAUAAAAUUCCAGUUCCCUGUUGACUUGUCUCCGUAUGAUAAUUUCUUCUGGUUGUCCACAAUACGGAAUGAGUUGAACUCGCCACGCAGAGUGUUUCCAAGUUGGGAUAAUCUGGGGGCAAAGGCACGUUUCAGCAUCUCAGUGAAACAUUCUAAGUAUCAACAGGCUUUAUCAAAUGCGCGAAUAUCACACAUAGAUUACGAUAAAGACGAAACGAAGACAUAUUUCGAAGAGAUUCCUAUGAUAGCUCCUCGUGAAGUGGCAAUUGCAGUGAUCGAUUCUGUAAUUUACAGACAGACUAGUUUAAUUUCUAAGGAGAUUAUAUGGUGUCGACAGCAAGUGGAUGACUAUUUAAAGUAUUUUAUUUUCGCUAUUAAAGAGUGCAGGACAACAUAUAACAUAUAUAUUAAAAACAUAACAUAUAACCCAUAUAUUGGAAUUUACAAAACAAUAAAAUUAGAUCAUGUCUUGAUGCCGAAUGCUCCAAUGAAAAUCAUGAGAUAUCCUGGACUCAUUAUUUACAGAGAACAAGAUUUUAUCUACAAUAUAGAUUCAGACUAUCCUGGUUAUAAGAGCAACAUAUUGAACUUACUAGGGCAAGAAAUGGCGCGUCAAUGGUUCAAUCAAGUGACCAGUCCGUCUUCGUCGGCUGACGUUUUGUUUAGUGAGAUCAUCGCGUCGUUUCUCAAUCAUAUUUUGACAGAGAAGCUGCAAAAUAAGACGAUACAGGAUCUUUACGCGGUUCAAAUGAUGCAGUCUGCUUUUCAUCACGAUUCUGCUCUCAAAAUAAAACAUGUCUUACAUAAAAUUGACAGUGCUGAUAAAAUUGAGAGGGACCUUUAUUUUCGCAUAUAUUGCAAUAAAGGAGUCGCCUUAACCCGAAUGUUGUAUUAUUUAUUCAGCCCGGAUGACUUUCACAUUGCUAUGCAGAUGUAUUUCACUCAUAUGGAUCAUAAAGGUUCGUUUGAACUUGCGAAUUUAUGGGACGCUUUGCAACAUGUCCUUGACAUGAGAAACAAGAAAUGGAUCUUUUCGCUAAACGAACUAACGGAUAUGUGGCUAAAUCUACGGUCUUACCCUGUUGUGUACGUUGAUCGUUAUUUUGAUAAUAACACGGUGGCCAUUUCAAAAUACGACACCAGUAUAAUACCUAUAACUUACAUCACGCAAUCGAAUCUCACCUCUGGUCUUACUUGGAAUUUUACUUGGCUCACUGGUCAUGAGAACCAAAUUAUCUUUGAGAUUGCUGAAGAUGAUUUUAUCUUAGUCAAUAUGGAACAAACUGGAUAUUAUCGCGUCAACUACGAUUUCAAGAGUUGGCAGAAGAUUUUGUCUUAUGUGCUCUUCCAAGAUUACACCGUCAUACACGCCAUUAAUCGCGCUCAACUCAUCGACGACGCGUUUUAUUUUGCGAUGCAGCGGACACUCAGUCCUUCUAUCUUUUUGAAUCUCAUUUUGCAUUUAUCGUAUGAAACGGAUUAUAUAGUGUGGUAUCCUGUGUUCAACAUCUUAGCGAGGAUGUCGACUUAUCUCGAAUUACCAGAAAGUCAACAGUUCAAGGAAAUCAUAUUAAAAUUGUUAGGAAAUCUUUUGGAGGCAAUAGGAUAUGAAGAAUGUUCUGAUGAAAGUGAUAUGACAAAGUCAUUGAGAUUAUUAGCAGUAAGAUGGGCUUGUAAAUUGGGUCUUAGAGAAUGCAAGUAUGCCGCCUUGACUAAACUGUUCGAGCAUCUCAACCAGCCUGACAAACCAAUUUCACCAUGGUGGAGGGAAUGGGUAUAUUGCACAGGUAUGGAAACGGCAAAUUUAAAAACUUGGCAAAGGUGGAUGGAGAAAUGUGUUAGAGAGCAAAAUAGCACGUGCUUAACUUACUUGUCUUGUACUAAGAAGGAAAAUGUCGUCAGCUAUUAUUUAGAUCUGCUCGUGGAGACACGCACGUAUGGAAAUUUUUCAAAAAUAUAUGAAUUCACGAAUACCACAGAGAUACUGAUGCUUUUCCAUAUUCUGUUUAAAAAUCAAGCGAAGCACAAUUAUAUGCUUGCGAUGUUCGUAUAUAUACAGGACAAAAUAAUUGACAAGAUUUAUCGUAACUUCGAAAUAAAUCCAGUGAAGUUGUUAACAGAAGUUAUAGGGAAUAUAUAUUCCCACGACAGUUUUGAUAUGAUGGCGAUAUAUGCAGAAUAUUUGGAAUUUAAAAGCAAGGCUCAGGAAGAUCAAUUUUAUGGCUUGAUACGUUUUCGACUUAAAAUGUUGACUCGAAUAGCCGCACAUUUUUAUAUAUUUUAAUUUAUAUUUUAAACAGAAAAUAUGGUUAGAAUCAGAUUGGGCCUAAACCAUAUUUUUUGGCUGUUUUAACACGAAGAUGGUAGUAGUAACAUGCAUAUAAGAUUGUUAUCAUUAAAAUUGUGUUAGUAUAAUUGAUUAAAAAAUUAUUGUUUUGACCAUAA